AUGCUGACGGCCAUCUCCAUGAGUGCCAUCGCCACCAACGGAGUGGUGCCAGCCGGCGGGUCCUACUACAUGAUCUCGCGUUCGUUGGGCCCGGAGUUUGGAGGGGCCGUGGGACUCUGCUUUUACCUGGGCACCACCUUUGCAGGUGCCAUGUACAUCCUGGGUACCAUAGAGAUUCUGCUGGCCUACAUCUUCCCCCCGAUGGCCAUCUUCAAGGCCGAGGACGCCAGUGGGGAACCGGCCGCGCUGCUGAACAACAUGCGGGUCUACGGCACGUGCGUCCUCAGUUUCAUGGCCACCGUUGUCUUCGUGGGCGUGAAGUAUGUGAACAAGUUUGCCCUGGUCUUCCUGGGCUGCGUCAUCCUCUCCAUCCUGGCCAUCUACGCGGGGGUCAUCAAGUCCGCCUUCGACCCGCCCUCCUUCCCGAUUUGCCUCUUGGGCAACCGGACUCUGUCCCGCCACGGCUUUGACGUGUGUACCAAGGUGGUCCAGGUGGGCAACGAGACGAUGGGCUCUGAGCUGUGGGCUCUCUUCUGCUCCUCGCGCUUCUUGAAUGCCACCUGCGACGAGUAUUUCAGCCAGAACAACGUCACAGAGAUUCAGGGCAUCCCCGGAGCAGCUUCUGGUCUCAUCCAAGUGAACCUCUGGAGCACCUACUUGCCGAAGGGCAUCUUCAUCGAGCGGGCGGGGAUGAGCUCCGUGCCCCACACCGAGGGGGUGCCGGACAUGGACCAGCCCUACGUCUUCAGCGACAUGACCUCCUACUUCACCCUCCUGGUUGGCAUCUACUUCCCUUCCGUCACCGGGAUCAUGGCUGGCUCCAACCGGUCCGGGGAUCUCCGGGAUGCGCAGAAGUCGAUCCCCACAGGCACCAUCCUCGCCAUCGCCACCACCUCCGCUGUCUACAUCAGCUCCGUGGUGCUGUUUGGCGCCUGCAUUGAGGGCGUGGUGCUAAGAGACAAGUUCGGCGAGGCGGUCAGUGGCAACCUGGUGGUGGGCACACUGGCCUGGCCCUCCCCCUGGGUGAUCGUCUUCGGCUCCUUCUUCUCCACCUGCGGAGCUGGGCUGCAGAGCCUCACGGGGGCCCCUCGCCUGCUGCAGGCCAUCUCACGCGACGGCAUCGUGCCUUUCCUCCGGGUCUUCGGCCACGGCAAGGCGAAUGGGGAGCCCACCUGGGCCCUCCUACUCACGGCCUGCAUCUGCGAGAUCGGCAUCCUGAUCGCCUCCCUGGACGAGGUGGCCCCCAUCCUCUCCAUGUUCUUCCUGAUGUGCUACAUGUUCGUCAACCUGGCCUGUGCAGUGCAAACCCUCCUGAGGACCCCCAACUGGCGCCCACGCUUUCGCUACUACCACUGGACCCUCUCCUUCCUGGGCAUGAGCCUCUGCCUGGCGCUGAUGUUCAUCUGCUCCUGGUACUACGCCCUGGUCGCCAUGCUCAUCGCGGGGCUCAUCUACAAGUACAUCGAGUACCGAGGGGCAGAGAAGGAGUGGGGCGAUGGCAUCCGGGGCCUCUCGCUCAGCGCGGCCCGUUACGCCCUGCUGCGCCUGGAGGAGGGGCCGCCCCACACCAAGAACUGGAGGCCGCAGCUGCUGGUUCUCAUCCGGGUGGAUCAGGACCAGAACGUCGCUCACCCGCAGCUGCUCUCCCUCACCAACCAGCUCAAGGCCGGCAAGGGGCUGACCAUCGUGGGCUCCGUGCUGGACGGCACCUUCCUGGACAACCACCUGCAGGUCCAGCGGGCCGAGGAGUCGAUCCGGCGGCUGAUGGAGGCCGAGAAGGUCAAGGGCUUCUGCCAGGUGGUGACCUCCUGCAACGUCCGGGACGGCAUGUCGCACCUCAUCCAGUCCAGCGGCCUCGGAGGGCUGCAGCACAACACGGUGCUGGUCGGCUGGCCACGCAACUGGCGCAGCAAGGAAGACCACCAGACCUGGAGGAACUUCAUUGAGCUGGUGCGAGAGACCACGGCUGGCCACAUGGCCCUGCUGGUGGCCAAGAACGUGGCCAUGUUCCCGGCCAACACGGAGCGCUUCCCAGAGGGCCACAUCGACGUCUGGUGGAUCGUGCAUGACGGGGGGAUGCUGAUGCUGCUGCCCUUCCUACUGCGCCAGCACAAGGUCUGGCGCAAGUGCAGGAUGCGCAUCUUCACAGUGGCCCAGAUGGACGACAACAGCAUCCAGAUGAAGAAGGACCUGACCACCUUCCUCUACCACCUGCGCAUCACGGCCGAGGUGGAGGUGGUGGAGAUGCAUGAGAGCGACAUCUCAGCCUACACCUACGAGAAGACCCUGGUGAUGGAGCAGAGGUCGCUCAUCCUCAAGCAGAUGCACCUGACCAAGACGGAGCGGGAGCGGGAGAUCCAGAGCAUCACGGACGAAUCCCGGGGCUCCAUCCGGCGCAAAAACCCCCCCAACACCCACCUGCGGCUCAGUGUCCCAGACGAGCAGGUGGGCGACAGUGAGGAGAAGCCGGAAGAAGAGGUGCAGCUGAUCCACGACAAGAAUGCCACCGGCUUCUCAGGCGACCCGCAGUCCCCGGGGGGAGAGGAGGAGGCCGAGGCCGAGGCUGCCCCCGAGAAGGUGCACCUCACCUGGACGAAGGAGAAGGAGGCCGAGAAGAGCAAAGCCAAGAGCCCCGUCAGCUCCGAGAGCAUCAAGGACUUCUUCAACAUGAAGCCGGAGUGGGAAAGCCUGAACCAGUCCAACGUGAGGCGGAUGCACACGGCCAUCCGGCUGAACGAGGCCAUUGUGCGGAAGUCGCAGGACGCGAAGCUGGUGCUGCUCAACAUGCCGGGUCCCCCCCGGAACCGCAAGGGGGACGAGAACUAUAUGGAGUUCCUGGAGGUGCUGACGGAGCACCUGGACCGGGUGCUGCUGGUUCGUGGGGGGGGGGCGGAGGUGAUCACCAUCUACUCCUGA